UUUAUCCAAGAUGCUCAUCAAUCUCCUCUCCACCAAGCUCUAAAUAGUAAGAGCCAUCACUCCCCAAUUCCCUCUUAUUGUUAUCAUUUUCAAAAUUCCCUGGGCUUCAAUUUCAAUUUUUUAUUCCUCCUUCCUGUAUGCUGUGAUGGAUGUGGCUUGUCUGCAACAAGCAAAGUGUAUUCCGUUGCCGUUUCAUUCUUCCACUCGUCUGCCUAGGGUUUCGGUUUUGGUCCGUAAUAAUCGAAGAAAUGCCUCUUCAUACCCAGUCAAGAACUUGUGUUCCGCUUCGAAUUUCGAUACCCUUGUCGCCGCCGGGUCGAUUAGGGAGGAUAAGAAAUUGAAGGCGGGUAUUGGCAGUAAGAAAGAACAAGAAGAGCAGCAGUGGGACGUGAAAUCCUGGAUGCACCGCAAUGGCCUCCCUCCUUGUAAGAUUCUUCUUAAAGACGGGCCUUCUCACGUUCCCAACCAUCGUCCUAUUCACUACGUUGCUGCCAGUGAGGAUCUUCAGGCUGGGGAUAUUGCCUUUUCUGUUCCAAAUUCGUUGGUGGUGACACUGGAGAGAGUUUUGGGGAACGAGACUGUGGCGGAGCUUUUGACCACAAACAAAUUAUCUGAGUUAGCCUGCUUGGCGCUGUACCUAAUGUAUGAGAAGAAGCAAGGCAAGAAUUCAUUUUGGUAUCCAUACAUUAGAGAACUUGAUCGUCAGCGGGGAAGGGGGCAGUUAGCUGUGGAAUCACCACUUCUAUGGUCAAAGGCCGAACUAAAUUACCUUACAGGGAGUCCUACCAAGGGCGAAGUUCUGGAGAGGGCUGAAGGGAUCAAAAGAGAGUACAAUGAGCUUGACACUGUCUGGUUUAUGGCUGGAUCACUAUUUCAGCAAUACCCAUAUGAUAUACCGACAGAGGCUUUUCCUUUCGAGAUUUUCAAACAAGCUUUUGUUGCAGUUCAAUCCUGUGUUGUGCAUCUGCAGAAAGUCAGUUUAGCCCGGAGAUUUGCUUUGGUUCCUUUGGGACCUCCCUUGUUGUCAUACAGAAGCAACUGCAAGGCGAUGUUAACUGCUGUAGAUGAUGCUGUGCAACUUGUGGUUGACCGCCCAUAUGAGGCAGGGGACCCUAUUGUUGUCUGGUGUGGACCACAACCCAAUUCAAAAUUGCUCAUCAACUAUGGUUUUGUUGAUGAAGACAAUGCACAUGAUCGCUUGGUGGUUGAGGCAGCUUUGAAUAUUGAAGAUCCUCAGUAUCAAGACAAGAGACUGGCUGCUCAAAGGAAUGGAAAACUGUCGCUACAAACUUUUCAUGUGCAUGCUGGAAAGGAGAGAGAAGCUGUGCUAGAUAUGCUACCUUAUUUGAGAUUGGGAUAUGUUUCAGAUGCUUCAGAGAUGCAGUCUGUCCUAUCUUCUCAGGGUCCAAUAUGCCCGGUGAGUCCGUGUAUGGAGCGUGCAGUUCUGGACCAACUUGUUGAUUUUUUCAAAACAAGGCUGGCUGGUUACCCUACGACUCUCAUUGAGGAUGAGGCUUUGUUGGCAGAUUACAAUCUUGAUCCCAAAAAGAGAGUUGCUACACAGCUUGUCAGAUUGGAGAAGAGAAUUUUGGAUGCAUGUUUACAAGCUACAGUUGACAUGAUACAUGAGCUGCCAGAUCAUUCUGUAUCUCCAUGUCCAGCCCCUUAUGCUCCAAUUUUGAAAUGAUGGGUCUGACUCCAAGUGACUUUUUAUUCUGUCCGUGUCUCCUUUUGUGUGGUCAUCUUUUGUUAAAACAAGAAGAAUCAUUUCAGAUAGCAGCACUUUUCACAAGAGCUUAAUACAAGUUCUUGAGCCAGUUGGCUGACUAUGAGGUCAAUUAUUUGUAUUGGUAGGUUCGGUUAUAAUUGGAGAGCAUCAUCUUGGUUUUGGAAUCAUAGAUUUGGAAAUGGAUAGGUAGACUAGAUAACAGUGCCUCAUGAGUCAUGACAAGCGCGGAUGAUGUUGCUAGGGAAGUAAGGGACUCUGUGCUAGGGAAUCUGCCAUUAUAACAGGAGCCAGCUCAAUUUAGAAGCCCUGCAUUUAGUUUGUGCUGGACAUUGCGUUCCUUGCUCUUCACAUUACGCCUUACACGAGGUGUGCUGCUGUGAGAAUGCAGGUUAAACGCUGUUAAAAGAUCUUUGUAUAACAGUACCGCGCCAUGUAAAUGCUAGUAGUAACUUCGAUGAGAGUUGACCUUCUUGUUUCAAUUGUAACUAAAAUUUUUGACUCGGUUAUUCCUACUUGUGAUUACUAGCAAUGCAGACGGCCCAAUUUGCGCGCCUCA